AUGGCGCCGAGGACUGAGACAGAAGCUCGGCAUACCACGGAUACAAGUAGUUGUGCCUGCGCGUUCAUCGACCAAAACCCCAUCUCAGCAAUGAUGCCUCGUCCUCUUGCAGCUCUCCUCUCCUUCAUCGCUCUAUUUCCAAGAGCCGCAUCAUCCCGAGACAUCCUACCACUGGGUUCCUCUCUCAAAGUCAAGUCCUAGGAAUCCAGCGCCUUACAAUCAUCAGACGGGACAUUCUCCUCUGGCUUCUACGAAGUCUACACCCAUGCCUUCACAUUCUCAGUAUGGUACUCAAAGGCGGCGGCCAACAAGACCAUCGUGUGGAGCGCAAACCCUGACCGCCCUGUCCAUGCCAGGACGUCGACUCUAACCCUGCAAAAGGACGACAACAUGGUGUUCACCGACUAUGACGACGCAGUCGUGUGGCAAGCUGAUGGGAACAACUUCACCGGUGUCCAGCGUGCUGGGCUCCUGAACACCAGGAACCUCAUCAUCGAGGACUCAGGAGGUAACACUGUAUGGCAGAGUUUUGAUUCCCCAACGGACACUUUCCUGCCGAUGCAGCUCAUCACUGUGACCAGAUUAGUCCCCACAACCCAAUCGCGUAGUCCUGGUAACUACAUCUUCCGCUUCAGCGACCUGCCUCAAGUCUCAGACAUAUACUGGCCAGACCUUGACCAGAACAUCUACCAGGAUGGUCGGAACCAGUAUAACUGUAUGAGGUUAGGAAUGCUUACUGAUAGCAGGGUGCUUGCCUCGAGCGACUUCGCUGAUGAUCAGGCGCUUGUGGCCUCCGACGUAGGGCCAGGCGUCAAGAGAAGGCUAACUCUUGACCCUGAUGGCAAUCUCCGUCUGUACAGCCUGAACGAUUCAGAUGGGUCAUGGUCGGUUUCAAUGGUAGCAAUGACCCAGCCUUGCAAUAUUCACAGUUUGUGUGAUCCUAAUGGCAUAUGCCACUACUCACCCAGACCUACAUGUUCGUGCCCACCAGGUUAUGCGACGAGGAACCCGGGUAACUGGACCGAAGGCUGUAUGGCUAUUGUCAACACAACCUGUGACCUCUAUGACAAGAGGUCUAUGAAAUUUGCGAGACUUCCCAAUACAGAUUUUUGGGGGUCAGAUCGACAACAUCUUCUGUCGGUUUCUUUUCGAAUUUGUAGGUAUAUCUGCAUCAGUGACUGCACCUGUAAAGGCUUUCAGUAUCAGUAAGGCACAUGAUCAUGCUAUCCAAAAGCUUAUCUUUUCAGUGGAAGAACCUACCCAACAUCUGACGUGCGAACGAUAUAUCUCAAGCUUCCAACAAGGGUUAGUGUUAUUUACCACAUUCCUCCUGGAAUGAUUCUCGACUGA